ACAUAUUUACCAACUAUUCAUAUGAUUGGAUGUAAAAAUGCAAUGUCAAUGAUGGAUCAUUCAAAAAAGGCCAAGCCCGCCAUUUCCGACUGGGUUCCUAACGCCGAAGAAGACACUCAAGUCGUUGAACUUCAGGUUCCUUCUUUGACCGCUGAAGCUUCUACCUCCCGUUCUCCAAGUCCCGUUCCCUCUACAAAUAAUAAUGUUGAUAAUGAAAUAAUAGAAACAGAGUCUACACCAAUGGUAACUGAAAAUGUAAUAGAAACAACGUCUGAUGAUGAUGAUAAUCAUGAAAGCAAUGAUGGUGGAUCAAGAUUGUCUAUACUGAACAAGAUAAAGAGAAAACCAAAUGCUACGCAACCAGCUGCUUUGCCUGUAGUUACUGAUGGUGUAUUUUCAAACUUAUCCGCAAAACCUGAUACAGAGGCUGAUAAAGAAGAUGAAAAUCCACCGCCAUACGAGGCAGCCGCGGCUGAUGCAGCACCACCGUAUUGGGAAACUACUAUCAUUGCACCAGGAUACAGUGGUGAUGAGAUUCUCGUUGAAGGUUUACCAGUAGGGAAUUUUUUCAGUUUCAUUUGGAAUAUGCUUGUUUCCAUGAGCUUCCAAUUCGUUGGGUUCUUGCUGACUUAUCUUUUACACACCAGUCAUGCAGCCAAGAAAAUGGCUGGAAAUAACAAGAAUUCUGUUGGUGACCAAUAUCGCAACAAUGAAGGUCAAGAACAAAUUUCUACUCAACGUAGAUAUGAUCAACCUUCAACUCGUCGCAACAAUGGUCCGAUCAAAGAAGGUUAUGGUGGUUGUAAUUUUGUCAAUAAUUACCUUAAUAAUAAUCAAGUAGUUCCUCGUCGUGGCGAAUUCAACAAUGAUCAAGCACGCAUUGAACCUUUAAGCAAUAAUAAAUCUUUCAACGUUGAUCAAUCUCCUCGUCGUAAAGAUCAUUCCAACAGUCGUAAUGAAAGUUUCAAAAAUGGUCAUUCUCCUCGCCGCAAUGUAAGUUUCAACAAUGAUCAAAUUUCUCCUCGCCGCAAUGAAAGUUUCAACAAUGAUCAAACUUCUCCUCGCCGCAAUGAAAGUUUCAACUAUGAUCAAUCUACUCCUCACCGCAAUGAAAGUUUCAAAAAUGGGCAUUCUCCUCGCCGCAAUGGAAGUUUCAACAAUGAUCAAACUUCUCCUCGCCGAAAUGAAAGUUUCAACAAUGAUCAAACUACUCCUCGCCGCAAUGAGAGUUUCAAAAAUGAUCAUGUUCAUCGCCGCAAUGAAAGUUUCAACUAUGAUCAAUCUACUCCUCACCGCAAUGAAAGUUUCAAAAAUGAUCAUUCUCAUCGCCGCAAUGAAAGUUUCAACAAUGACCAAUCUGUUCCUCGGCGUAAUGAUAAUUUCAGAAAUGAUCAUUCUGUUCCUCGUCGCAAUGAAAGUUUCAACAAUGGUCAAUCUGUUUCUCAGCGUAAUGAAAGUUUCAGAAAUGAUCAAUCUUCUACUCACCGAAAUGAAACUUUCUACAAUAACCAAUCUUCUCGUCGUCAUGAAAAGUUCCAAUCUCCCCGUAAUGAAAAUUUCAAAAAUAAUCAAUCUACUCCUCGUCGUAAGGAAUUUUUCAACAAUGGCCCUCCUCGCCGUCAUGAAAAUUUCAAUAAUGAACAAUCUGCUCAACUCCGUAAUGGAAGUUUUAACAAUGAACAAUCUGCUCUCAAUCAUAAUGAAAAUUUCAAAAAUGAACAAUCCGUUCCUCAUCGUAAGGAAUCUUUCCACAGUGACCAACCUGUUCCUCAUCGCCGUCAAGGUUCUUUCAGCAAUGAACAGUCUUCUCUAAGUCGUAAUGAAGAUUUAAAAAAUGAACCAUCUGCUUCUCAUAGAAAGGAAUAUUUCAAAAAUGGUCAAUCUCGUAGUGAAAAUAUCAACUUGGAUCAAUCUUCUUCUCCUCGCCACAAUGAUAAUUUCAGCGGUGACCGAUCUACUUCUCACCGUAAUGAACAUUUCAAUAGUCAACAUACAACUCACCAUAAUAACAAUUUUAACAAUGAUCAAUCUGCUCCUUGCCGUAAUGAAAGUUUCAACAAUGAACAAGGUGGAUCUUGUUAUAGUGAACAUUCUAAUAACGACCCAGGCGUUUCUCGUUACAACGAACAUCCCCAUAAUAACCAAGGAACUCCUCAAGGUGAUCGUUUAAUUAACCAAAGCAAUUGUCAUAGUGUCGUUCAAUCAAAUCUCGAUGAUAUUCGUAGUCAAAGCAAUCAAAGAAGCUUUAAACCUUACAAUACUCCUCCCACCAGACAAGAUGUAAUGAUGGACUGUGAUCCUCAUCCCUCAUCCAAAGAUUCCCACGGAAUGAAAGCUCCAAUGACAGAGGAAUUGGGUGGUUGGGAUUCACAGCCAAUUGAUGUUAUGUCUAACCGACAAACCAACCGCUGGGAAGCGGCCGCCGCAGAUCCCUCACUUUUAAUGACGAAGAUCGAAUCAAAUCCUUUAAAAAAGGCAUCUGAGGAUGUUGAAGUAAAGGAUACAAACAUUUGUAGCGCUAGUUCUACAAGUACUGAGGUAAUAAAAUCGGCAGAACAAACUGAUGAUGACGAAGUUGACUGGGUAAUAUCUAGUAAUGAGCUUAUCUCCCCGAAGUUGGAAACUGAUCGACCACAUUCUCCGCGAUUCGAUCUGUUGGAUCAAGAAGAGAAUAAAAAAAGGAACACUUGGAAUAACAAAGGAAAAUAUUGGGGACGACCUCGGCGCAAUGAAGAAAUUCUUAAAGAUGAAGGGUACGAUGGUUUUGAAGGGGUGAGUUUCCCCCCUCCAUAUCCAAUAUGUCCGGUCUCCUCGGCUACCGACCUGAAGCCUCCGGAACGACCAAAGGUAGCAAAAAUGGUAGCAAAAAUUUUUGAGAACGAUUCACGGUCGUCCGCGCAAUCUUUUGAAAAGCUUGCACAAUUAUCAAAAGAAUUAUGGAGUGGUUGUACAGACGUACCACUCGAUUGGGCCAGCGCGACAGAUAUCGAAGAAUAUCUGAAUGUAAAAGAGGAAAACAAAAACCUCGGUUCGAAUUGGGACUUUAAUAGUGAUGACGGUAUAAGACCUCUGCCAAUAAAAAGACCCAAAGAACAAGAUUGGCCGGACACAGGAACUUUUGAUAAUAUACACGAGGACGCUAAUCCAGAUUCAACGUACAGUUAUAAUUCCUCGUCUAAUACAGCAUCAACUUCAAAAUUUCCUAAAUUUCAGACACAGUUAGCACAAGGAUAUGAGGAUCACCAACACGUCCUUACCGCAGUACAAAUGGAUGGUGAUGUUUGUUUGAGUGAAUAUGAGUUUUCCCGUUUUAAAAAAGGGGGUCGUUUAGAAAUUAAGAGAAAGAUGGUACAAAUCCCAUCUACUGAAUAUUUUGCUUCCACUGGAGGGUCACGAUCAAGAAGGCAAGGAAAAAUAAGGUCUUACGAUGCAGAGCAUGUUUGUGAUAUGGUCAAUGGCAUAUAUCACACCAUCCCUACAAAUUGGCUCAAUUGCAUUCUGGGCGUUGCUCAGGAAUUAAUUCCCAAGAUUAAAUUAUUCGAUACUGAAACGAUACAGAAACUUCUUAAGAUCCUUUCUUCGCAUCUCGUUCUAAAAACAGACAACAAGGAUACAGAGCAAUUGAUUCGUAUAGUCAUCGCGAAUGAUGGUUUCUUUACAGAAGUAUUUUCCUAUAUGAAAGAAGAAGUUAAUUGUGGUAGUGACCUUAUGCCUAUUAUUCGACUCUCCGAUUUUAUUCUAAACCUUUUUCCCGAAUCAGCUCGGAAUAUUUCACAUAAUGAUAUUACUGAGGUUUGUGACAAGAUUAGAAGUACCUUUUCCGAAGUGGAAUCAAGAGAAGUUGAUGCAAGACUUAAGAACAUUAGAGAAAUGGUUCAAUAUGCUAAGAAGAUGUCUUCAAAACCGCAAACACCUCCCUGGAUAACUACGCACAGCAAAAAUUAUGUUGAUAAACCCUUGGUGCCUUUACCCGAAGAAAUUUUCAACUUGAAAGCAAUGAUUAUCAAACCAACAUUAACACAACAUUUGGUGAAUCGACCAUGGUUACCUGAUUAUGAAGAAAUAUAUCGUGAAGUUCAUUAUGAUUUGAUUAGAACUGAAGUUUUAGAAGAUCUUCAAAGAGCUAGCGUUUCUUUCUUCGCUGUAAAUUGUAAAGAUUAUGUUCUGCCGGAGAAUUCGCCAUUAUAUAAUUACAUUUUCUACCGUGAUGUUCGAAUUGUCAACACUUUUAUUGAUAGAAACUUUACUCCAUAUGUUAGAGUCGGAUUCAAACCAAGUCGACCUGUUAAUUGGACUAAAGGUGAGCAUCUGAUCUACGGUACCUUUGUAUUAUUGUUCAAGGUCAAAACAGAUUCUGGUAAUGUAUCUGUCGAUACGUUAAGCAUGGUCUGGGCAAUGGUUGAAUAUUUUAGCCUUGAUGAAGUCAGAUUUAAUGAACGACAAGAAAGCUGUGUGGGAUUAAAUUUCUUCGCCUCAGAAUUCGACAAGCUUGAUCUUAACGGUAAGUAUGUUAUGUUGGAAUCAACAUUGAACUAUGCUUCAAUAAGGCCAGUAAUGGAAUGGCUCAAAGAACCAAGUAAUGGUAUUCAACGAAUUUCCCCAUUAUCUCGAGAAUUAUUCACAUGUGUUCUCGAUAAGUCUACCCCAGAUUACCUUGAUAAUGUUGCCUUUGAUAUUACUUCAAUAUUGGUCGAUCAAAAACAGCCUGUCAUCCCUAAGAGUCGAGCCGAUUGGCCACAUUAUUGGACUCCAUAUAGUUCCCCAGUAUAUAAUAUGGAAUUUUCUUGUGUACUUGCUUUAAGGCAAAUAAUUUCAAGAAAGGUUGCAGUGAUCGUGGCUCCAGUUGUUACUUCAAAAGCAAAAGUUGCUGCAAAGGCUGUUGAGUUACUAAAGCAGGCCAUCAAAAAGAGUCAUUGUUUUGAGCCGAUUCUCAUUCUCACACGUAGUUCAUAUGCACUGGAUAGUAUUUUGGAGCAAUUACUUCCUUCUUUUCCAGACCUAAUUCGCUGUGGAUCGUUCUCAAGUUGUAGUAAUCCCGAACUAAAAGCACGUCAAAUUCAUGGCGUAGCAAAUGAUCAUUUAAUUUUUAAACGCGGUUCUGAUCCAUUACGUAAGGAAUGGCUCAAAAUUCGCCAAAGAAUAAGUAAUGAACAAAAGACAUUAGACGAUUUGUGGAACUUUAGGAGAGCUGCUUUGACAUUGGAAUAUUUUGCCGAAACGUGUCCCAGAGCGUUCCGCGAGCAAUUAAUUCCUGCGAAGUUAAAGAAUUGCGACUAUAAGAACCUUGGCUUUGCGUCAGAAUAUGCAAUGGUUUUACGUUGCUUAGAAAUUUGGUUAGAAGGAGAGUCCGAAUCGAAUACGUUGGACAAUAUUCUCAAAUCAAAGAAAAAUUCAUCAGCUGCUGAAGCUAAGAAAAAGAGUCCUUCGAAAAAAGAUUUCCCUGCAUUUCCAUCUUCAAACCAUUCUAAUAUUCAAAGAACUAGCACAUCUUUCCCCACGAAGUUUGGAGCGUGGACCAAAGCUGUUACUAAUCAAAGUUUUGAUGAUAACAAUCAAGGUACGAUUUGUUCGCUCCAACACAAUUCUGAGCUUUCCACUAACAAUUCUGAUUAUUUAUUAUUAAAAGAAACGAUAAAUAAUAAAGGUCCACGGUCUCACAAUGAUUCUCAAAUUUCAUCUUUGCUUACGGAAAUCUCCAAAUCGUACUUAUUCGAAAACGAUCAGAUGAAAAAUGAUGAUGAUAUCUCUACCCCUUCUGACUUUGAUAACGAAAUCUUGGAAAAUCAAAUUAAUGACCGUGUUAUAUGCAAGUGUGAAGAGGAUCAAAACUUGAACGAACUUAAACCGGAAGGACAAAAUUACAGAUAUCAAAUCGAUUUUGCUAAUGUUUCGAAAAAUUUUUGGAGUAAAAGUGGAAAGGGAAUUUGGAUCAUGACAUUAAAUGAGCGAAGAUUGUUAUAUAAUAGAUUCCAUCAGCAUCACAUUGAAUUCUGUGAUCCAGAAAUUCAGGAACGUCAAAAAAAAGCAAUAUUUGAAUCGGAAAAAUUAGAAACUACUCGAGUUGCGAGAUGGACCGAAGUGUGCAAUUUCGCUCCAGUGAUUGGAAUGACCUUUAGUUAUGCUACGGCAUAUCGUGAAGUCCUCGCCUCUGUUAAGCCGAGAGUUUGUAUUGUGGACGAAGCCUCAGAAAUUUCUGAAGCACAUUUAAUGUCAUUGAUUUCUUCCAAUCGACUUGAACAUUUGAUAAUGUUUGGUGAUAAUCAACUUUCGAAACCUAAUAUCAAGAGUAAGACCGCUCAAGAACACGGUUUAGACGUGUCCUUAUUUGAAAGAUGGAUCGAAUGUGGUGGGGACCAUAUUAAUUUGAAACAACAGUCUCGCAUGCAUCCAUCUGUUCAUGAACUUGUUCGUACACUUUAUAAUAAUGUUGACCCGACGGAACAUAGCGUAGCAGAGAACAUUCCUAAAAUCAUGGGUGUCCCUUCUCAUGUGUUUUUUAUGACACAUAAUUACUAUGAUGAAAAUUGGAAGACAAACACGUUUGAAGCGAAUUUUGUUGCCAACUUUGCUUUCUAUUUAUAUCAACAGGGAUAUGACCCAGCAAGAAUAACAAUUUUGACACCUCAUGUGGCUCAGCAAAAAUUAAUAUGGAAAUCAUUAAAACCAGAAUUAAUAAAAGAACCAGGUCAAACUCUGCCUUAUAACAUUUUUGGACGAUUGGACAAAGAUAAAGCUAAAGCAGGAAAAAUUCAAGUUAAAUUGAUUGACGAGCAUAAUAAUGAUGAAAAUCAAAUUGUUUUACUUUCAUUAGUAGCGGUAAGCGAAAAAUGGUACGAAGAAGCUUUCAAGGUGUUAAAUGAUAAAAAGCGAGUAAUUAUGGCAUUAUCAAAGGCACUUCAUGCUCUUUAUAUCUUUGGUAAUGAGACAAUGCUUCAUAAAAGCCAAAUAUGGUCUCCAGUUAUUGAAAAGAUAAAGACUAUACCUAACGCAUUUGGUAGUAGCCUAACUCUCGAUUGCAACACCCAUAUUAAUAAAAAGAUAGACAUCACAACUGAUAAAGAUUUUGAAACCAAAGUUCCAUAUGGAGGAUGUUCAGAACCGUGUCACGGUUUAUUAAAGUGUGGGCACGCAUGUCAAAGAAAAUGUCACCCUAUCCACCAUACAAAAGAAGUGGAAUAUAUUUGCUUUCGACAAUGCGGUGGCCAACAUAGGCCUCAAAAAUGUGAACACGAUUGUCCUAAGGAAUGUCAUGAAUGUGAGAAGGCUGGAAAAUGUCCUCCAUGUGAACAACUUGUCGAUUCCAAAUUACCUUGUGGACAUAUAAAAUCUAUACCAUGUCACCAAAUGAAUACAGAUCACUCGAAUCGUGUUUGUGAAGAGGAUGUGACUCUGAAAUUACCAUGUGGACAUGAACAUAAAGUUAAAUGCUACCAGAAAAAUAACGAAGAAAUUAUAAUGACUAUGGAAUGCAAAGGAAUGAAAUUAUUUACUUUUGACAAUUGCAACCAUAGUAUUAAAUUACCAUGCAGCACAAAGUCUCCCGUAUGUCAAGAAACAUGUGGUAAAAUGUUCGAUUGUGGACAUCUUUGUCACCGUCAAUGUGGAAUUGAACAUUCUCAUGAAAGAUCUAAUUGUACACGCGAAUGCCCAAAAAGUUUAAUUUGUGGACACCAAUGCGCGAAUGGAUGCAGCGAACCUGAGCGCCAUACCGCCUUCUGCGUAAAAUCAUGCCGUAUUAAGUGUUUACAUGGACAUGUAUGCCCCAAAACUUGCCACGAAGAAUGUACUAGAUGUCUUGAACCUUGUCCAUGGAAAUGCCCACACAGUGUAUGCAAAAAAAGAUGUUAUGAAUUCUGUAACCGACAUCCAUGCAAUAUGCGAUGUCCUAGAGUAUUAAAGUGCACUCAUCAAUGUAACGGUUUUUGUGGCGAAGCGUGUCCGCCUUGUUUAACAUGCAACCCCAAUAUGCAAUGUACUAUAACGCUUCAAAGCUUCUCCGAAUUAAAAGAUUUUGAACGUCUUUACAUGCUUCCAGAAUGUCAAUGUGUAUUCAUGGCAGAAGGUCUUGACAUGUACUUUAAAAAUCAAGUGAAAAAUGGUGAACAUACAGCAGUCAAACUUUGGCAGUGUCCCCAUUGUCAAGAACCGAUUUUUACAGCAAUGAGAUAUAACCGUUAUUUAAAGACUGAAAUUAAUCUCUGGAAUGUAAUAAAACGUAAACAAGAAACGGCCCGAAGUUUGAUUUCGGCAGAGGAACGAAAGCAAAUCAUUGAUGCAAUGAAUGAAGAAACACGAACCGCCGAUUUCAAUAGUAUGGUUGGUGGCAGAUGGUUUGUCUGUCCAAAUAAUCAUCCUUACUAUAUUGGAAAUUGUGGUGGUGCUACUCAAAUCUCUCACUGCCCAGAUUGUGGAGACGUUAUCGGUGGGACUCAACAUCGAGUGGUCCCAUCAAACAGAUUCUAUGGCGAAUUUGAUAACAGUACAACGCCAGCAUGGCCUGGGCAGCAUUAG